CACGCUGUCCGGUUGUUGGGCGCUCCUGCUUUGCUGGGCUGCUUUAUCUGGCGAUGAGGCUACUUCAGUAUAAACCAGCUUCCCGUGUAUACCCCAUACUGUGAAGUGUAUCUCCGAUGGUAAUGGCUAUAUAAAUCUGGAUAUACUCGCACUCAGCAAUCCGUAUAGGCGUACAACAAAGCGACAACAUCUACUCGCAGCUUCUUCUUAAAUCAGUUUUCGAAACACCACUUCACCCUCCCUACCGAAGACACAAUGGCCCCGAACACACCUGCCGCCCCAUCCCCACCCCCUGGAAAUGGGACCGUUGCCCAGAAAUCUGAGGACAAACUCAUCCAGGACAUUGUCAAGGAGAUUGGCAAUGCAUCCACCAACGAGAGCCUCAGAGCCCUUUUUCGGAGUCACCUCACAACAAUCUGCAAGGGGAAACUGGAUGAACUCAAAAGCGAGGGUCCUAAAUACCAGCGACUUAUGUUGUCACACGUUGCCUAUAAAAUGGUCACAUAUGUGUUUGAAAAAUUCCCCCAUGAAUUGGUCGCCGAAAUGGACAAGUAAGGCAAUCUCAUGUAUUACCUGAUAAUCAAUCAGUCGAGGUA